GUUUUGUUGCUCUCGUCCCAUCGUCUCCGGCCAUAAAAACGCAAGCGUAAACCGACGGCUGUUGUUUCCCAUGCAUACGUGUCGUGUAAGGACUGGUUGCCUGAACCGGCCCCGAUUCAAGCGUUUCACAUGCUCGACCCCGACGCCGCUCCCGUUUCACUCGAGCAUCGUCGCACUAUAAAUAACCGCUUCGCUUCCAACCCUAAGACUCAAAAGAGACCACGGGUGAGAGAAAGUGAGCGCGGAGUUGGCGGAAGCGCAGCCGCUUAAUCUCCGAUCCGAUGGCUCGCGCUCUCUCUAACUCCAACCUGGUUGCGGCUCUUUCCGACGGCGUCGCCCUCCUCACCACCAGGAGGGGUUACGCUACGGCAGCGGCGGGGACGACGACGACGACGGGGACGGGGAGCAGGGAGCGGCUUGCGGUGGCGGAACAGAUGGUGAGGAGCGCGCCGCCGGCAGAGGCUGAGGAGGAGGCGACGUGUUCCUGGGUGCCGGAUCCGGCUACCGGGUACUACCGGCCGGCGAACAGGAUGGGCGAGAUCGACCCGGCCGAGCUCCGCGAGAUGAUGCUGAGCCACAACAAGUCGCGAGACUGAGGACCGCGUCGCACUUACGGACCGAGGCUAAUUUGAGCUGUUACUGGUUCGGUUCAUCCAACAACAUGAACGAGCGAUGCUGUCAGAGGAGUUCAGUACUGCGUCGAAUCAGUUUUGUCUGUUUUGGUUUUUUGGCGUCGUAUCAGUUUUAUUCUCACUCAUCUUAGGAGAUUCGAAUCUUUUUUAAUCUAAAUAUAUGGAGUUAUUAUUUGUUUAUAGGA